AUGCUCUUCGUCUCUGUCCUCGUCGCAACCUCGGCCGGCCUCGCCGCCGCGCUGCCCAGCCCGGACGUCUUUGUCGCCCACUCGGUCCGCUCCCUCGCCAAGCGGGCGCCGUCGGCGUCCCAGUCGUCCUACCUGAGCGACAUCUUUGGCUCGGUCGCGAGCGGCAGCCCGUGCGAGGCGACUUGCACCACCGGCCUCGACACCCUCACCAACUGCUCCAACAUGACCGACCAGGCGUCCAUCGCCGCAUGCGCGUGCUCGGCCGGCUCGCUCGCCGACCUGCGCUCGUGCGCCUCGUGCGUCUCGACGACGACGAGCUCGCCGACCAACGCCACGUCGGUCGUCGACGCCUACAACUCGUUCGUCGACCUGUGCACCUCGGAGGGCCUCGCGUCCGUCACUGGCACGGUCCAGGUCGGCGCGUCGACCAAGCCACUCGCGUCGUCGUCGGCCACCGGCACCCGCCAGCUCGCCGCCUCGUCGGCCGCCUCGUCCGACGCCCGCUCGACCUACAACCCGUCGGCCGCGCCCGUCACGACGGCGACCGUCCCCGCCCUCGUCGCGAGCGGCUCGAUCGCCUCGUCGGCGCGCUCGGUCGCUUCGUCGCAGGCCCAGGUCUCGCAGGCCGCCGCGAGCGGCGGUUCUACUUCGAGCGCCGGUCGUCUUGUCGCGCAGGCCGCGAGCGCGCUCGCCGUCGUCGCCGCCGGUGUCGCGCUCCUCGCCUAAUCCUCCCCCUCCAUCCGUGUCCCUCCUCUCGGUCUCUUGGUGCGGGUUCAGCGUUUCUCUCGGCGCGGGUGGCUACCUGUCGCACGAGCAGCACGACGACCCAGGUGGUCGCACGUGGCUGCCCAUUCUCCUAUUCAUGUAUCCCCUUCCCCUCGUCCUCCUCCCUGUCGCCCUCCCUCUUGUUCGAGUCGCACCGGCGCGUGCCGACUCCCACCACCCCUGUCACUCCCUCCUCUUUUGUCACAUACCCCUACCUGCGUCGGAUCGAGUCGCUAGACGGGUCGCGUAAGCUCGACGUUCCGCU